UACAUAACUUGCAUUGACAAAAUGAAGAGCUUUUGCCCCAAUGUUUCUUUUCUUUUAUUGUUUACUCUUGUUUUAACAAGUUUUGUGUAUUCCGAAGCUCAAAAAUGUCGUCCAAAUGGUAGAAUUAGGGGAAAGAAAGCUCCACCGGGACAAUGCAAUAAGGAAAAUGACUCUGAUUGUUGCGUUCAAGGAAAAUUAUACACAACUUAUGAAUGUUCACCAUCAGUGUCUACUAACACUAAAGCAUAUCUCACAAUUAAUAGUUUCGAGAAAGGUGGAGAUGGAGGUGGCCCUUCAGAAUGCGAUAAUCAAUAUCAUUCCGACGAUACUCCAGUAGUUGCACUUUCCACUGGAUGGUUCAACCACAGGAGUAGGUGUCUUAACAACAUUAAAAUCAGUGCGAAUGGGAAAAGUGUGGUGGCUAAGGUUGUUGAUGAGUGUGAUUCCACAAAGGGGUGUGAUGAAGAUCAUGAUUAUCAACCUCCUUGUCCUAACAACAUUGUUGAUGCUUCCAAGGCUGUGUGGAAAGCUUUAGGUGUUCCUGAAAAUCAAUGGGGUGGCCUUGACAUUACAUGGUCAGAUGUUUGAUUGUAAUAGAUGAAAUGCAUGUUUGUGUUUUUGUGUUGUAAAAAUUAUGUGGU